GUCGCAAGGCCACAACAACUCCACUCCUCCCCAUCCCUAGCUAGCCACUAGGGUUUGCCAGCCUUUGCAGCGUCGCGCUCGCGUCUCAUGCCCUUGCCCAUCGACGGUAGACGAGAGCGAGCGGUCUGUGUUCGUGGAGCAGGGGCCGGCGCCAUGGAGAUCAACAUCGUGGACAAGUACGAGAAGCUGGAGAAGGUCGGGGAGGGCACCUACGGCAAGGUGUACAAGGCGCAGGACAAGGCGACGGGGCAGCUGGUGGCGCUGAAGAAGACCCGCCUCGAGAUGGACGAGGAGGGCAUCCCGCCCACGGCGCUCCGCGAGAUCUCCCUCCUCAACCUCCUCUCCCACUCCAUCUACAUCGUCCGCCUCCUCGCCGUCGAGCAGGCCGCUAAGAAUGGCAAGCCCGUCCUCUACCUCGUCUUCGAGUUCCUCGACACCGAUCUCAAGAAGUACCUCGACGUCUACCGCAGGGGGCCCAGCGCCAGGCCGCUCCCCGCGACACUCAUCAAGAAUUUCCUGUAUCAGUUAUGCAAAGGAGUUGCACACUGCCAUAGCCAUGGUGUCCUUCACCGGGAUUUAAAGCCACAAAACCUGCUGGUGGACAAGGAGAAGGGUAUACUGAAGAUUGCUGAUCUGGGACUCGGUAGGGCUUUCACUGUGCCCAUGAAAAGCUACACCCAUGAGAUUGUGACCCUUUGGUACAGAGCUCCUGAAGUUUUGCUUGGAGCAACACAUUACUCAACUGGCGUUGAUAUGUGGUCUGUUGGAUGCAUCUUUGCUGAAAUGGCCCGACGGCAGGCUCUCUUUCCUGGUGACUCGGAGUUGCAACAGUUGCUUCACAUCUUCAGGUUGCUGGGAACACCUACUGAGGAACAGUGGCCUGGAGUGAGUGAUUUAAGGGACUGGCAUGAGUUUCCACAGUGGAAGCCCCAGGGUUUGGCACGUGUCGUCCCAACACUGGAACCUGAAGGAGUUGACCUUCUAUCGAAAAUGCUUCAGCUUGAUCCUUCAAACAGGAUAUCAGCUUUAGCUGCGAUGGAGCAUCCCUACUUUAACAGCCUUGACAAGUCCCAGUUCUAGCCGUUGUACUAUGUGGUUCAGAAGGCGCUACCCUCGUACAGAGAGAUUUCCAAUGGUGUUAUGAAUCUCAAUUGCCAUCUAGGCAACUGGUUCAUGAUUUUACCAAUCUGUUAGUGAGUGAAAAUCGUGCGAGGGUCAUAUGUGUUCCCCUUGUCUUAAAAAUCUGGUGUGGUGUAGAACAAGAGUUACCUGUGGGAGGCCUGUGAUAAUGCCCUUUAUGUCUCAACAUCCAUUUUCGUGCA